CCGAACCUCACCGGCUCGGGGUCGUGUCCCCGUCGUCCCCCCCUUCCCGUGCCGGUGCCGGAGCCGCCCCGUUGGGGCCGAGCCGCCCGUAGCCGGCGCCGCCCCCGGGUAUAUAUCAUCACCGCGGCGCUGCCCUUCUCCCCAUCCCGUUCCCAUGGCGGCGGCGGCAGCGGCGGAGCAGAGCCCGGGGCCGGCUGCGAGUCCGACUGCGGGCAGCGAGCAGCGCCCCGACCGCGGCGGUACCGGCGGCAGCAGCAGCAGCACCACCACCGGCAGCAGCAGCAGUACCACCACCGGCAGCAGCACCACCGGCAGCAGCAGCAGCAGCAAGAGCAGCCCCGGGUCGGUGGAGCUGGCGGCGGCGCGGCGGCGGCUGGUGGCGGCGGAGGGACGGCGGCGUGCGGCGGCGGAGCUGGAGGGCCGGGUGCUGCAGGUGCACUGCGCCCUGCGGCACGCGGAGCUGCGCCUGGCCGCCCGCGCGGAGGCUCUGGGCCGGCUCGGAGCCGGCGUGGCCCAGGCUCAGCUGGCGCUGGCUGCGCACACGCAGCGCCUGCAGAAGGGGCUCCGCCGCCGACCCCGGCCCCGGCCCGGUGCGCUCCUGGCGGCCGCCCGCGCCCUCCGUAGCUGCGUGCCCUGGGCCCCCGCCCGCGCCCGCGGGGCCGCCGCUCCUCCCGCUGCCGCCCGCCGCCUGCCCGCCGCGCCCCGCAGCCCCGCCUAG